AGUGCACCGUGGUCACCGUGGGAUGGAACAGGCCAGAGCGUGCAAGGGUGACCCUUUGUGACACGUCGUGCUGUAGGUGCUGGUGACACCACGGCCACGCCACAGUGCUCAGUGCACACUGUGGAACAGAGCAGUGCUGUGAGGAGUCCCCACACAGCCACGUUGUUCCUUGCUUUUCCAGGCGUUCUCUGUGGAGGUCACCUUGAGGCCACACUGUGGGUCUCAGUGACCCAGAGCCUUCCCAAGGUUUCUCUGCUGCAGGUGCCCUGAAGGGCAGUGUGUCAGACUUGCUGACCAGAGCCUUUACAAAAUGUUUCUUGUCACUGUGGCAGGAGGCCUUCAGGCCAGGCUGCAGGACUUAGUGUCCUGCAGCUGUUCCAAGCCUUCCCUAUUGUAGCUUUCUUCAAGGCACAGCUGCAGCCCUCACUGCCCUGCAGCUUUCCCAAGGCGUCUGUCCUGCAACUUGCCCUUAAUCCCGACAUAGACAUGGCAGAGAGACCUCCCAACACACCCAAGAAGGUGGAGAAUUGCCCUUGUGGCGCCGCACUCCAGCGACGUGCUGACUUGGAGCAGCUGCAGCUGCUGCAGAAGAGUGAGUGAAAGAGCUGGGCCACAGGGCUGGCCUGCAGCCAGCUCCACCCUGCCCCAUCCCAUCCCAUCCCUUCCCUGCGGACAUGCCCAUGGAUAGGACAGAAGAGGGGCUGGGGCAUCCUGGGGCUGUCCCUGCCUGGGAGACUGCAGGGCUGGGCUGUGCUCUCUGGCCUCUCCUGCAGCUCCUCAGCUCUGGCAUUCCUUGCUCUUUGCCAGAUGCAGCCAAGGACCCGGCACAAGGGCUGGAUCCUGCCCGUAGCUGCUGGCGCUCUGUAGGCCAGAAGUUCGCGAACCUCGCUUGGUGUCGAGAGAUGAUCAGCAUGUUCACCAAGGGUGCAGCAGAGGCUGGCCCCACAGCCCCUCAGAGCAUACCUCCUGCUCCCAGCCUGGAUCAGUUUGGGGAGAGAGUUGUCUCCAGUCCCAGUCAAGUGCCAGGCUUUGUCAGGAACAUGCACCAGAGGCUGGCGUCCAACGAGCCUCCAGACGACUGGCUGUUCAUGGACAUCCUGCGGCUGACCGAGGAACAGCCCACUGAUGUGGCAGUGACCCUGCUGCGGUGUGCCCCGACAUGUGACAGAGCUGCCGCAAUCAUGUGGAAGACCAUCGCCUCGUCAGGAACGGCAACGGAAAAGGUGCUGCCCACACUGCUGUGUGUGAUGGACGGCUGGCCCAUGCAGAAAAUGUACACGGCUGACGGGGACAACAAGGAGGUCUUUGCCCUGGCUGCAACCAGGGUGAUUUGGGAGAUUCUCCGCCUGCCCUGGUGCCCAGAGCCGUUUGUGGAAUAUUCCCCCCAUCUCCUUGUGGCUCUGCUGUACCAAGUUCACACCAGUACAGAGCAGAUGUCAGAAGAAGUAAAUACUUUCUGGAAGAAAUGUCAGGAGGAAAAUGGCAUUACCGCCAACCCCAACAGCUUUGUAGUGGGCACUGUGAAGUCAUUGCUGUACCAUCUGCAAUGUCUGAAUUUACUGAUGGCUCUGGAACGGAAGUGUGCCUGGGACACGCUGCUCCGUGCUGAAACCCACCACUAUGCAAUGGGUCUGCUGGCCAGGGAGAUGCGCCGUGUCUGCCAACCUUUCUGCUCCUGCAUCGCACUCCGCCUGCUCUGCCGGCUCAGCACGGAGGAGCCAUGCUGGGAAAUGGGCUCCCUGGCGUUCCUGGUGGAGGUCCUGGAUUGCCUGGAUUUGAGUGAAUGGGGUAACAACAUCCUGGAGAUCUUGACCAAGCACCUGCUGAGCGAGUCCAUGGAGAUGCAACGCCUGGCCCUCAGAGGCCUUGUGAUGCUCAGCACAGACCCCUCAAUGGCCAAAAAAAUGUGCAGCCUGUCUGAACCCCUCAUGGAUUUCCUGAGGAAUGAAGACAUAGAGGUGGUCAAGAUGAGUCUGUCUGUGUUCACAAAUAUACUCGUGAACAAGGAUAUCCUAACAUCCUGCCCCACAGCCCCCAAACUGGCUGCCGCGCUCCGGCCCCUCUUUGACAGCGACAACAAUGAAGUGCAGUGGCUCUCCAUUGGCCUCUACAAAGAUGUGAUAGAAUCGGUAGUGGAAAGGGGAAAAAAGGCCCUGAAGCCUCAUGUGAGCGAGAGCCUGCUUCCUCUCUUUUUCCACUGCUACGACGAGAACCGGCGUGUGGCACAGACCUCUCGGGAAACGCUGCUCUCUGCAGUAAACUUCCUGAAGAGAAGGGAUCUCAAACAGCUGCUCAAGUUGGAUGACCCGUGGAGCUUUGCCGAGCACGUGCUGGCAGAGGACAGGAGCCGAGCGGCCGAGCACCUGCGCCAGGCCCUGCCGUACCUGCAGAGCCCACAGGAGCCCGUGCGAGAGGCGGCCGUCAGAUCCAUUGGGACCGCCGGGAUGCUCAUGAGAGGACAGCGGGAGGAGCUGCAGCUCAUCUGUGAGGCCCUUCAAGCCCUUAACACAGAUGAGAGCCCCUCCAACACAAACCUGAUCGUUCAAGUCAUGUUGGAUGAAAGAGCUACAUCACUAAGUUCAUCUUCUGGAUCGAAACAACCAGGACAGCAGCAGAUGCCAUGCAGGAGGAAACAAGCUGGAGAUCAGAGGGGAGCAGCUGGAGCUCCAGGCCCAGCUAAUGCUGGGCAAAUCUGACCUCACCUUCCCUCUUUACUGGUCCCUCCCUGCGGCCCUCAGAACCUGCCUGUUCCCUUCUCCCAAGCUUUGCCAUGAAUAAACAUUUCAGCUUCUUCACCUCAUUUGUAUCUUUGUGGAGCUGAAGUGGAUCAAAACCUGAGCCCUGGAGCACACAGGCCCCGUCCUGCCGGUCUUUUCUGUGCUGCGUUUUGUGCAGAGAAGCAAAACACAUCAGGCUGGAAAGGUCCCUGCCCUGGAGGUCUGGUUUCACAACACUGUGAAAGACCUAAGGGUCUUGCUGAGCACACUGAAGGUCAGCAGUAGGAUACAGAGCCUGGAUUUCAGAAGAGUCAACUUCAGUAUUUUCUGAAUCCAGCCGUGAGGGAUUCCGUGGCAAGCAUCCACUGGGGGCAAAGGAGCUUGGAAUGCUGGAAGUUAUUCAAGAACAGGUUCCUUGAAAGCACAGCAGUGGUCCUUCCCUACAAAAGGGAGAGCAAGAGGGCAGAAGCAGAGAUGGCCCUGAUUUCUAGUGAGCUUUGGGUGUGCUAAAGAGGAAGCAAA